AUGGCCUAUCUUGCUAAGUUUGAUUCAUCUUCUGCUAGGGUGAAAGGCUUGGCCUUUCACCCAAAGAGGCCUUGGAUAUUGGCCGGCCUCCAUACAGGUGUUAUAGACCUUUGGGAUUAUAGAUCCUGUACUCUUAUUGAUAAAUUUGAAGAGCAUGAGGGACCGGUUCGUGGAGUUGAUUUCCACCAAAAUCAACCUCUGUUUGUUUCUGGUGGAGAUGACUACAAAAUCAAGGUUUGGAAUUACAAACAGAGAAAGUGCUUGUUUACGCUUAAUGGACAUUUGGAUUAUAUCCGGACCACGUUUUUCCAUCAUGAAUAUCCCUGGAUUCUUAGCGCAUCUGAUGACCAAACAAUUCGUAUUUGGAAUUGGCAGUCGCGUUCUCUGGCUUGCGUUCUCACUGGGCAUUGCCACUAUGUAAUGUGCGCUCGGUUCCAUCCUAAAGAUGAUCUCGUUGUUUCUGCCUCUCUUGAUCAAACCGUUCGCGUCUGGGACAUUUCCGGUUUUCGUAAAAGGAAUGUUGCGCCUUCUAGCUUCUCUGGAGUUGAGGAACAAAUGCGUUACCUUGGCACAGGUGGUGGUAAUGGUGCGAUUGGCCAUGGCAAUGUCAACACCACGGAUUUGUUCGGUUCCUCUGAUGUUGUUGCUCGCCAUGUUCUUGAGGGACACGAACGUGGUGUAAACUGGGUCGUGUUUCAUCCCACUCUGCCCAUCAUCAUCUCCGCAUCGGAUGAUAGGCAAAUUCGUAUCUGGCGUAUUACUGAAACCAAAGCCUGGCAUUUGGAUACUCUUCGUGGUCACACCAACAAUGUAAGCUGUGCCAUCUUCCACCCAAAACAGGAUCUUCUCAUCUCUGACUCAGAAGACAAGACUAUACGUGUUUGGGACCUUGCUAAGCGCUCCUGCGUGGCCACAAUUCGUCGCGAUUCCGAUCGCUUCUGGAUUCUGGCGGCACAUCCCUCGCACAACCUCUUUGCUGCUGGUCACGACGAGGGUAUGAUUGUGUUCAAGUUGGAACGUGAAAGACCCGCUUGGACCCUCCACAAAGAUGCGCUCUUCUAUGUGAGGGAGAAACAACUGCGAAGACUCAAUUUUACCACUACUAAGGACUCACCUGUUAUGACGCUUAGAGACCAUGGAACACCGUUUGCAAUUGCCUACAACCAUAUCGAGGGCUCCGUAAUUAUAACUUCACGACCUAAGUUCACUGAAUCUGGAACAACCAAUUACACCAUUUCUCAGGUGACAUAUGACCUCUACCAGUUGCCAAAGGACGGUGUAGUCACUGACAGCCCAGCAGAAAGUCGUAAUGGACAUGGCCAAGGAGCGGUAUGGAUUGGUCGAAACAAGUUCGUUGUCUUAGAGGCACCGGGUACUUUAGCUGUUCGUAAUUCAGCCAACGAGAAGGUGAAGAAGAUUGAGCUUCCAGGUGCUGAUAACAUCUUCUACGGAGGUACUGGCAACAUACUAGUUCGUGAUGCCACGGGGCUGAGUCUUUAUUCGGUCUCUAAUGGACGAACUCUUGCCACACUAAAAAACACCAAACUUGUUCGUCAGGCUAUCUGGUCUGCCGAUGGGCAACAUGUCGCCUUCUUUAGCAAAAUGUUCCUCUACUUAUGUGAUCGCCAGUUGGAAGUGAAGACUAGUAUUCAUGAAACAGUUCGUAUCAAAAGUGGGGCUUGGGCUGAAGAAGCAGGUGUAUUCAUCUACACAACCUCCACUCAUAUCAAAUACUGCCUAUUGAAUGGCGACCACGGCAUCAUCCGUACCCUCGAUUUACCCAUUUAUAUCACCAAAGUCCAAGGCGACUCAAUCUUCUGCCUUGAUCGUGAUUGCGAACCUAAGAUUCUUUCUAUCGACCCUACGGAGUACAAAUUUAAACUUGCAUUGAUAAAUCGAAGAUAUGAGGAAGUCCUCUACAUGGUGAAUCACGCUAACCUCACUGGCCAAGCAAUCAUUGGUUACCUAGAGCAGAAGGGCUAUCCCGAGGUGGCCCUUCAUUUUGUUAAGGACACAAGAACUCGCUUUUCUCUCGCUAUGGACUGCGGACAACUCGAUGUUGGUUUGGAAGCUGCGCGCAUUCUAGAUGAUAAGGCUUGUUGGGAAAGGCUAGCUGAUUUAGCUCUUCGUCAGGGUAAUAUUAAUAUCCUUGAAGUGGCCUAUCAGCGCACCAAAGAUUUCUCCAAACUCACUUUCCUCUAUCUCAUUACUGGAAACUUGGAGAAGUUGCGUAAAAUGAUGAAGAUUGCUGAGGUGAAGCGUGAUCUUGGCAAACAGUACCAAAUUGCUUUACUCCUUGGAGAUGUAGCUGAACGUGUCAAGGUACUGAGGGCUUGUAAUAGGGGUUCAUUGGCUCUGCUCACAGCUCAGACUUAUGGUCUCAAAAAGGAAGCGGAAGAGUUGGUUGCUAGUGGUGAGACGGCACCUCCACCUAAUCCUUCGGCGAAGCUCCUUAUUCCUUCCCCUCCUGCUGCACCUAAAGGAAUUGCUGAAGAAAACUGGCCUACCCUUAGUGUCCACAAGGACUUUUUCGAGGUAGCAAUUGGAAAAACUGGUGUUAGUAGUAUGGAAGACACUGAUACCGUUGGUGGCCCAAGGAUACAACUUCCAAGAGCCGACAAAGCUGCCUUCAAUAUGAAUGUAGAUGAGGAGGCAAACUGGGGAGAAGAUGCCAAUUUGGGACUGGAUGAGGAAGGAGAAGGAAAAGUCGCCAUGGGCGGUUUCGGCGAUGAUGAAAAUGGCCUGAUUGACGAUGAAGAGGUUAUUGGAGAUGAAGGAGGUGGGUGGGAUAUUUAUCAGGAUCUCGAGUUACCUCCUGAAGUCCUUGGUUCUGCAACAGGUGGUCUUGCUGAUGGAAAAACUUCCUCCUUGGAGGCUUUUGUGGAACCAACUCCAGGUCGUUCACCUUGCUCCUACUGGGUUGAUAACUCUCCUCUUGCUGUCGAUCACAUUCUUGCUGGUAAGUUCAUGGAAUUUAGAACAUGA